AUGGUGUCCACCAACUCGACGCCGCCCAUCCCGAUGCCCGUGCAGGUGCCGCCGGGCCACGGCCUAGCUCCAGGAUUUCCUCCACAUUUUGGGCCUAGCAAUCCUUUGCAGACUGGAGUCAUGGCUCAUGUUUCUCCACCUGCUCAGCCAGGUCAUUCCCCACCACCUCAUAGCUUCCAUAAAGAUGAAAGGACUCAGCGACAAUACAACAAAUUGAAGAAAAAGCUUGAACAAAAACAAAUGCGAGGUGAAACCUUGAGUAUAGGCUCCUCUCAAAGUACUCCUCCAGUAUCACCUCGCAGAGAAUUAGUUAAUGGUAUGCGACGAGGUGGCAAGGAUCGAUUGAUAAGUGGUAGGAGUAGUGUUGGUACCUCUGAAGAUGGUGAAGAGAGCAGUAGUGUGCAGGAUGAAGAAGAAGAGGCCAAUCUUAUUAUAGAACGGCUUUCAAUGGUGAAAUCACCUGUGGUGUCAGAGCUGACUCCACGUAGUGCCUUACUCCAUUGGGUGCAGCCUGAGCCGUCAAGUGAUGCUUGCAUGGAGGGUAAAGUGGCUGACAUUGACCUCUCAGAAGCAGGGUUACGUUAUGAAGUUCUACUCAGUGAUAAGGGCAAGGAAGGCAAAUAUAAAUCUAUCUACAAUGGAGUUUACUUAUCAUGCAGGAUCCAGGAUCUUCGACCAGGAACAGAAUAUUCUGUGUGUCUGCAAGUGCACUGUGAUGAACUUACUGGAUCUGCUUCAGAACCUACAACAUUUGUUACACCUCCCUGUGAACCAGAUACUCCACUUCCCCCGAAAAUGUUUUCAAGGAGCAGAACACACUUAUCUCUGAGGUGGAAUGCUCCUGUAGACAAUGGAUCACAAAUUACUCAAUAUAUCCUAGAGUUUGAUGAAGGGAAAGGGAAAGAUUUUGUGGAAGUUUACAAAAAUAGAGGAAAACAGCAUAAAGUCAUGAAGCUUCAAGAUUCAACAUGUUAUCGAUUCCGUUUGGCUGCUGUGAAUGAAUGUGGAAAGAGUACAUACUCUGAUGUGGUGCAAUUCUCCACAUCUGGUAGUCCUCCUGCUCAACCAGCAGCUCCUGUACUAAAGGAAGCAUCAGUAACAAGUCUGCAUUUGGCCUGGCAAAGGCGGCCUAAUGAUGAAGAAUUUACUCUACAGAUGGACGAUAUGGAGUCCGGCCAUGGUUUCCUUCCCAUAUACUCUGGAAAGGAACAGUACUACAUAAGAGACGGCCUGCACAGGCAUACACUAUACAAGUUUCGGCUUCGGGCUGUAAAUGAGGAGGGUUCUUCCCAGUGGUCAGAUGAAGUGUGUUACCGUACUCUUCCUGGUAGACCUGCUGCUCCUCCUAGGCCUAGCCUCAAGGGUCGAAUUUUCUCCCAAGGCUUUAAGGUGAAGUGGGAACCACCCUCAGACAGGGGUGGGGCAGACAUCACCACUUACGUUUUGGAAAUGAGGCACAGCGGACGGGCUUUUGAAGAAGUCUAUCGAGGGCCCGACACUGAAUACAUAUGUGACCGACUAAUGCCUGGUACAACUUACGAUUUGCGAGUGUCCUGUAUCAGUGCUGGUGGCCACAGUGAGAGAUCAGACAUAUGUCAUAUCACCACUGAACCUGUUUGCCCAAGGCAGUGUCCACCUCCUAGGGCUCAUGGUAAACCGAGAGCAACUUCUUUGGCCUUAAAAUGGGGUCCUCCAGAAUAUGAUGGUGGUGCACCGAUCCAAGAAUUUGAGGUAAUGAUGACCUCUCCUGACCUAACACGUGAGGUUGUUUUCAAAGGUAAUUCUGUGGAAUGUGCUGUCACUGAUCUGUCACCUGGGCAGGUGUAUGUCUUCCAAGUGCGAGCUUUUAAUAGGGCUGGGGCUGGGCCCUGGUCUGAGAAGUCUGAGAUUGUGAGCGGUGCAGCCCCUCCAAAUACACCUGAAGCACCUGUUGCACAGUGCCGUUCAGCACACACUGUCCUCGUGCAGUGGGAAGAGCCACCAAACAAUGGCGCCAUAGUGACCGAUUAUAGACUGGAGAUGAGCUCAAGUGAAGAGGAACAGGACUACAACACAGUUUUUCAUGGCCUGGCUACCUCCUAUGAAGCCAAAGGGCUCACACCUGCCAUGCCAUAUUACUUCCGAGUACAGUGCUGCGUUGGCAGUGCUAUAUCUCCAUCUAGUAUGGUAUUAACACCUCCUGCAACACCUGCAGUUGUCACCAAUGUUCGGUACACUGCAACUCAUACCAGCCUUAUAUUGAUGUGGAAUGAACCAACAGCUAAUGGUAGUCCUAUUCUUCAUUACAAUAUUGAAAUUGGUGGAGAUCGCAUUGAGAGCUCAGCUGGACCUGAUUUGCAACAUGCUGUGGAAAGUCUUCAGCCAGACACAACAUACAAAUGCAGAGUCCAGGCUGUGAAUGGUGUUGGACCUGGACCUUUUUCUGCCCCAAUGAAGGCUGUAACUCCAGCUUUGCCGCCAGCUGCUCCAAGGUUGGAGUGUGUUGGUGUAGGUCACAAUUACCUAAAAUUAAAAUGGGGUGAUGGUCGAAAUCCUAAUUUUACUCAGUAUCACCUGGAAAUGCAGGCCCCAUGGUCGAAAGAAUUCCAAACUGUUUAUCAGGGAAAUGGCCACACCUACAAAGUAGGAUGCAAGGUGAGAUUACAAGAACUCACUACCUUCCGAUUUCGUAUCUGCGCUGCCAAUGAUGAUGGACAGGGUGAUUGGUCUGAACCUGUGGAAUACUCUACUUGCAUUGCACUUCCUCCCUCUCUCAAAGCCCCCAGAAUCUGUGAAAUUCAGCAACGUUCUUGCGUAGUCGAGUGGGCUCCUUGCAAACCCAUUGGUUCAGACCCUCUUCAGUAUCAGGUGCAGCUAGCUCGAGUGCGUGAUCAAGAUUACAAGCAGGUACAGUUACUCCUUAAAAUAAGUGAUAUGCAACCUCUGAUUUUUAUUAAAAAUGGCACUGAGUACCAUGUAAGAGUUUGUCCAAUUCGACAGGCAGCCUCAGGAGAUUUGAUGGGGGCUUACUCACCUCCUGGCAGCUUUUCUACAACUGCUUUAGAACCUACAGUCAGUCCCAGUAUGCGUAACACCUCUUCCCAGGCUAUAGAGAGGAAACCCUUGACAGAUCAACAGUGGGCUGCUAUAAUUGUUGCUGGAUUUACGAUCUUUGCUCUGAUGAUUGCUAUGGUUGUUCAACAAGUAGUACUCUGGAGCAAACGCAGUCAGCCUGAUUCAUGAGAUUUGGGCAGGUAGAUGCAGAGCCUCAAGAGUGGGCACUAUGCCCUUUUUUGGCCAGUUAGCUGGCCCUUGUCAUCUGGGCACAACACAACGCUGUGCACUGGCCUACUGCUCCAGUUCUGGCUGUUGGCACUCACCUUGGUCUCCUCUGAAUUCCCCUACUACUUUUAAAGAAAUUUCUGUGGACCAUUUUAUAGCAUUAACUUCCUGCUUUCCAACCAGAGCUCUCUUGGAAGCUGAAGUGCCACUCCAGGUUUUGGAUGGUUUGGCCCACCAGGUGAAGAUUUAAGAGAUAUUGGCAUUUAUAUUGUUUCUUCGUUAUUGAUAUACUUCAAAUAUAUUCAGUUGUUGGAGUAUAAUGUAUGUUAUUAAACUUUUCGGAUCUGUGGGAAUUUUAUUACUUAUUCUUUUAUCGUGAAUAAGUUGUUGCAAAUGCAGCUAGUUGGGGUGAUAUGCUUUUAAAGACUAAUUUUAUGCACUGUAAAAUACAGCUGUGACAUGCAACUGUGGGUUGUAUAAUCAGGCUCCAAAGUUAUUUGUGUACCUUCUUGUUGGUAGUUUCAAGUCCUGAAAAUGGGCAUUUGUUGUCUAUGUCCUAGCACAAUGUUUAUUUCACUGAUAAAAUGUAGUGUCAUUAUAUCCUGGAGUCUCAGACUCAGGGUGGGUGUCUUUAUGGUAUGUGCAGAUGCAGCUCCAUAAUUUGUGUUGUAUUAACAAGCCAGUUAAUGGCAACAAAUUGACACUUGAAUUAUGAGAAAAAUGCUCUAAGCCGGAUGUAAUUCUGUGUGCAAAGAUGCUCAGGACUCUACUAUGAAUCAUUCUCUAAUUCUUGUCAUGCACCUUAGGUGUGGAGCCUUACUGUUAAGCUGAAGUAUUGGUUGCACAUGCCCAUUAUAUGCAUUUAUUGACUGAAUUCCAAGGUGUUUGCAGUGUGAUUGUUAGUGGGUUACUCCCUUCAUGGCUGUGCAUUGUUGGUGUGUAAUUAGAUGUUCACUACUUGAAAAAAAAUAUGUGUUUCAUAAACGGGCAGUGUUUCAAAUUUGCAAUGAAUAUUUCUGUAUCAUUUUGUGAAGCAUACACUUUGUGUCGUUAUAAUACUACUUUAGCUGAGCUAGUGUAUCCUGUGUUGUGACCCUUACAGGGGUCAGGGGCUGUGUAGAAAUCAGUGGAUAUAUCGCAGCAAUGGCCUAUUAAAAGAUUGUGUGGUUUGUGGCCAGUUAUUACCUGAAGCCAGCCUUUUCCUUAAUGGACUGCAUGUCCAGUCUUGUUCCUUUUUCUUCUAUAGCAGCUGUGUUUAUCUGCAAGUAUUCCACUGUCCAUGCAGGUUAAAUGGCAGGUCAGGUAUUGUGUGGUGCUAGAACUUGCUCAUGUGACAAGUUUGUACUAAAAAGAUGUAUAGUUGAUUGUUAGGGUCAGGGAAGGAACAAUAAGUUGUUUGAUUCCAUGUGCAAUUGUAAAGAGUGCUUAUUUGCUUAUGGCAAAUGGACAGUGCUUUGACCUAAAUAUGGUGUAAGCUUUCAGAUAAUUGAAUAUAAUGUAUAUUGUGUGAAAAUAUGUACAUUUGCUCGCAGGCCUUAUAUUUUGUAUACUCCAGACUGAGUAGGCACCACUGAGGAGUUGCACCCUGACCCAGACCUCUGAGUUACCUUGCUGCUCCUGGAGGGUUAGGCUCACAGCUCUGUUUGUGCAGGUGUUGUGAUGCUAUGUGCCAUCUAGUUGCAGAGGUUUUAAAUUAUUUGAGUAAGCAUAGAAUCAGAUUGUUUAUAAGUGGAUAUAUAUAUAUAAAAAAACAUAUAUUAUAAAUAUAUAUAUAUAUUAUAAUGGCGAUGUAUAAGAUUACCCUUGUACAAUGGUUGGAAAGCAGAAUCCUUUAUACUGUUCAGCAACUAUAUAAUAUAUUAAUAGACAUUAAGAACAAAGAGUAUGAGAGCCAAAGUUUUAUAAUGGGACUACCUUAUGUCCAUAAGGUUUUUUCUGCAAAAUUGCAGUUUUGGUACAUUGCUCUUUCUCACAUUACUAUGAGUAAAUAUUAUACAUAAAGAAAUAUAUAUAGAGAGAGAAAAAUAUAUAUUACAAUAAAAAAAAUAUAUUUUAUGUAAGUGUAUCGAUGAUACUCUUCUCCACUAUAAGUCAAUUUUUCUGAAAAUAAUAAAAAAAUUUAAAAUUAUUAUUUGGGGAUGAUAUAUUUAUCAGAACUCAAGUGCUCAGUUGGCACACAAGGUGCAACCUAGUUGCAUCCUUGGCAUAUUUAAUUUCUGUGGUGGUUCAUUGUAUGGGUUUUGAACGAAACUACACUAACAUUGUAUUCCGCAUGACAUAUCCAUCUUUCAUACCUUAAAAAAAAUAUAAAAAGAAAAGAAAGAAGAAAGAAAGAAAGAAAAAGAGAGAGAGAGAGAAAAUUCCAUUCCCCUAAAAGUCUCUUAAAAUUUCUAUUAAAGAAUUCUGACAUUUUCUGUGAGAAUUUAAAUAAUUUAUGUUUCUUCAAUAAAACAAAUACAGAUUUUCAGCAUGCUCCUUGCAAAUUUCAUGAGGUAUAAUAAUGUAAACUUGGCAAUAGAAGUUGAGGCAACAAUGAGGCAAUAUAUUUGUAGUCAUAAUGUCACUUCACAUUUACACAAAUUUCCACAAUUCUAAAUCAGCCAUAGUACCCAGCUGCUAAUUUUCAAUUUACUUUUCAGCACCAAUUAUAAGUGAUUUUUCACCUACUACAAACAAUGUGGUGUGGAAAUAGAUUGAAUGAAUGAAAUAAUAAUUUUGACACAAUUUGGCUGCAUAAAAUCAAUAACUCAUAAAUAUCUAUUUGCACUCUCACCUUAGAAUUUGAUAGAGCAUUACGACAGUAUUAUGAUGGCUUAAAAUAUUGAGGAUGAAACUGCCUCAUAGAAUAAGCCAAGUACAAAAUUUAAACAACUGGAAAAUUUAUUGCAGUGCCUUCAUUUUGUAAACAUAUAUAUUUGUGGGGAACAACUGUCCAAGAAUUUGUAGUAAAAUUAUUUAUAUUACAU